UUGCUGCAUUUAAAUGGAUGUUGCAGGAUGAGAUCGAUGCUUCGCCGAGGAGCAAAACACUACAUUGUCCCUUCGAGCACCCUCCAGGAACACUAUAAGACGACUGGUGGAAGAUAUAAAAUUAACACAUCAUGAAUUUUGAUUUUGGAUAUAUUAAAAGUAUUACUGACAAUUUUUCGGAGGAGCGGAAGGUUGGCAGUGGUGGGUACGGAGAUGUUUACAGGGGAGAACAUCACGGGAAGGAUAUUGCAGUGAAAAGGCUUCACCCUUUGCACGGACUCGAUGAUCUGGAAUUCCACAAUGAGUUCCGCAACCUUGCAAUCAUCGACCAUCCAAACAUCAUACAGUUAAUUGGCUAUUGUUACCAAUCACAGCACAUGUACGAUGAGGACCACGGAAAACAAGUUUUUGCAAAAACAGUAGAGCGAGUCCUGUGCUUCGAAUAUAUGCAUAGUGGAAGCCUUCAAACUUAUAUUGGAGACAAAUGGUGUUCACUUGAUUGGCCCAUUUGUUACCGAAUUAUUAAAGGGACUAGUGUGGGUUUAAAUCACCUGCAUAAUGCCAAGGCAAAACCAAUUUUGCAUCUGGACUUAAAACCUAGUAAUAUAUUGCUCGACAAGAACAAGGAGCCUAAAAUUGCAGAUCUUGGUUCAUCAAGACUUGGUGCUUCUAUAGAAACUCAAGAAUCGGGGACUCUAAAAGGAGUAACACUAAGGUACACGCCACCAGAAUGCAAAAAUGGUGGCAAUAAUGUGUCAAUCAAGUUCGACGUGUUUAGUUUGGGAGUUAUAAUUCUUGACAUCGUGGCUGGACAAAAUGGCUACUCCCGUCGUUCUGACAUGCGUCAUCAAGUGUUUAUUGAGCUUGUGAGUGCCAAAUGGAAGGGAAGGCUGAAAGCAACGUCGAGUUCCUUAUCACACGAACUGGACAUCCAACGAUUGGAGACAUGCGUUGAAAUAGGAUUAAGAUGCACCGAAGAUGACCCAAAUGACAGGCCUGCUAUAAAAGAUAUCGUGUGCCAAUUAGAAGAACUGGAAGCUAAGUGUAGGAAUAAAAUGCCAUUGGCUUCUGAAUACCAGUCAAGAGACUUCCAGAACAAAUAUUUCCCAAAAGAGGAGAAUGAUGGGCCGUCCCACAAGAAAAGUGACUGGACACCAGCAGAGGCAGCAGGGAAGGAGCCUGAGGUGGCAGCAGAGAACUGCUUUGGUGAGGUAGUGGACAACAAGAAGCUGGACGAAAUGGCGAGGUACACGGGCAAACCCAAGACACAGGAAGACAGAGCAAGGCUGGCCUGGUCUCUUAUAACCGAUGGUGACAAGAAGGGCAAUGCAUCCAAGUAUGUGGACUUCCUUAAGACUAUGUACGGCAAUGGGCAGUCCACACUGUGUUUAUUUUACAAUGCGACUGGGGACACUCUCCGCUACGUCACCAACCACGACUGGUAUGGCUACAUCGGCAGCACAGUAGGGUACCCAGCCGAGGUCGGCAACGGACAGUGGGCUGCUUUCCAUCAUGUCCACAGGCAAGGCGAGCCCUCCGGUUCCGUGGGAGCCGUCGUGUACCGCGGCAAGAAGAAAGAUGGCCAGUUCCAGGAGUACAUGCUCGCAUGGAGUACCCCCUGGGGUUUCUACUACCGUAACAAGGCUUAUGUUGAGACUCGUGGCGGCUUCAACUACUUCCAACGACGAUGGGAGGAGAUAUAUGUGAAACUGGUUAAUUCUGAUUAUUCUUCAAAAACCCAGUCCGGUGGUUGCGAGAUUGAAGCACAAAUUGACAAAGGUGACAGUCCUAAAUAUAUUGCAACAAUCAAACUCGAGCAUGGUCCGUGAAGCACGCAAGUAUCGUUACGCACCACCUGUCUAUUACCUCGUGCUAUGGAUAGUCGACCCCCCAUUUCUGAUGCUCCGAUGUGUAUCGGUCCUGUUUCAAAGUACUGUAUUGUUUAGCAUUGGUUUUAGUCUUUUCUAUCUUCUUUGUGUCCCUACAUGUCAGAGAUUUGUAUUUAAUUUGCGACCCAUCCAUUCUUUUUACUUUUGAUGGAAAACAUCAGGACGUGAUUGGGAUUGAGAAAUUAUAGGGCGAUCCAGUCCUUGUUAGUGUGUAA